GCUGGUUGCUAUAACUACAAGCAAAACGGAUGCCCAACUCAGCCGAUUGAAUUUGUCGAUUUAUCGAGACUCGAUUCAAGAAACUGAACGGAAACAUCGAAGCCGAAUCAUUAAAGAUAGCUCCGUGCGAAAACCACACACACCGUGUUUAUGUACCGUGUUGCACACGCCAAAAUCGGCAAGGAUUUGUUUACUUUCCGACAAGGGCGAACGAAUCAAACCUCACCCCACCCUGUAAUCUUCCACACAUUUCAUGUCGCGCUCGGAUUGACUGACGCUCUCCAGUUGCAUUCCAAUUCUCUCAAUGCUUUCCUCUUCUUCGAGCCCUUCGACGUUCUUGAUUGCAAACGUCAAUAACUAAUCUGAUUGCAAAAACGACCUUGACAACAAUGGCUCGCCGUUCCGCGCGCUUGGCCAGCCUGACCAAGGCACCUAAACAGGCCCCCGACACCCCCGCUCUCUCUUCCGUUGCCGAGCACGAUGAGAAGCCGGCACACAACAAGAAGUCGAAACACGACGAGAAGUCGACACACAACGAGGAGUCGACACAUGUCGAGAAAUCGGCGGACAUCAUCCCCGAGACGGCCCACAAUGCCCCCAAUCCCGUUGCGUCAUCUCCAGCACGAGGACCCAAAACCCCUCGCGCUUCGUCGCCCAUCAAGCCGCCGAUGUCAGAAAUGCACCCGAGCAGAGUCCACCAUACCAUGGCUCCGCCAUCAAGCGGCCUCCGGCUCGGGUUCACGGACAUUAAACCCAAAGCUGAUCGCGACGAUGGCUUGCCCGGUGUAGCCCAGACUACACCUUCUCGUGUUACGGUACCCUCGUCUUCAUUCACAUUUCGUGUCGGGCGCGAAACGCCCAACGCCGAGACGAGGUUGGGACCCGACGCUCAGCGCAUGAUGGAUGAACUACGCGGAGAGGCCGCCAAGAUUCGAGAGGACCUGAGGGCAAAACGUGAAGCUGAGAAAGAGGAGGAGGAGAACGGCGGCGGACGCAAGAUUGCGCAGGCGAAGGGAAAGGCCAGCCGAUUUAGCGCCGCGCACAUGGCCCAAUUCAAGAAGAUGGAUUCGAUCGCGAACCACCCGUCAGCCUUUAGGGGCCACCCUGGCCACACGACCCCGCUGAAGGCAGGUGUCAAGCGCAGUCAGUCCAGGGCGAACCUCGACGAUUCGGAAACGCCGAACUCAAGACACCAUACCCCAGCUUCCAGCAUCGUAAAACCGGCGCCAGCAGCCGAUGUUGACCAGCCGGUGGCGACCGCGAAGCGCGCCCGACAGAAUUUGGAUGAAGACGCGUCAAGCAAGCGUCCCGUCUCGCGUGACGGCAGCUCGAUCCCGGCACCCAAGUCGGCCGGAUUGGGUAUCCCCCGGUCAAAGUCAACCCUCGCCUCUUUAAUGACCCCGACCAAGUCGUCCUUGUCCAGGGCGACUAGCGUUAAGACACCCGGCCAGAGCUCGCUUUUCAGGUCACCAUCGAAAGCCAAGGUCAGCGGGAUCCCUCGGUCCGCCACAACAAAUAACCUUCCCACAGCCAACUUGGCUACCGAUAAGGAGGCCGACGCCAGCGAGUCCAGGACACCUCAAACCCGGUUUGAUAGAGUCAAGGCGAUGCUCCGUGGUGCAAAGGCGAGUGCGUCCAAGAACAAGAGCACUCUUCCCCUACCUUCGGCUUUUGCUUCCAAAACCCCCGCUCCGACUCGCCUGCCAAAACAGCUCCCUGUGGCACCAAUGACCACGCCCGGCCGCAAGCUCACCAAGCGCGUUGCCUUUACGCCAGACACUGAGCGAGCCGCGCUGAUGCAGAACUCCCCUUCUCCCGUCAAAUGUAGCAUUCUCAAAGGCAAGAAAGAGCUCCCACAAGAGGUGCACUAUCCGUCCCUCGAAGGCGUCUUGGCCGAGAGUGCGGAGAGCGCGGAGGGUACCGUGACGUAUCCGGAUAUCUCAGCGCGGCGUCCCCUCCCAGAACCUCCGGUGAAGAAUCCCAAAGCGGCCUCUGUGGAGGCGCCGGUUCCCGGCGAGUUCACCUUCCGUAGCGACCACACCAUCAGCUUCGGCAGCGCCACCAAGUCGUUCGGCUCUUCGCCCGGCCAGGCCAGCGUCCGGGCGGUUCGCCCCUCGAUCCUACCGACAGAGACCAUGCCCGGAAGCUUCCCGACCUCGGCCUCCAGCUCGAGCGUCAACAAGGAGAACGAGGCGCCGCGGAGCGUCUUCAAGGCCCUCCCCCACGGCAUGACGACCAAGAAGCGGCACCGGGUCAGCACCGACGAGGAAGAGGCCGAACAGGAGGCGGCUGAGCGAGCGGCCAAGAAGCGCAAGCAGGAGAAGGUUCCCGAAGGCGAUGCGCUGCUCGCACCGCGCCUGGUUGCCGCCGCCAGUGCCAAGCGCACCCUGAGCAGCCCGCGGAAGCUCCCCGUCCCGGGCUCCGCGCCUGGUACGCCGAGCCCGAUGAAGCGGAAGGGCAUCAGCCUCAGCCGCUUGAACAUGCUCGCGCGCCCGAAGACGCGGAAGUAGAGGGGAUGUACCUCGGUGCUGUACAAUAUUUCGGCCUAGCUAUGCAUUGUUGUUGCGGCGUACGGAAAGAUAUAUGUCUGGAUGUUGUGGGUGGUACCACAGCCCAGUAGCUUGGACAGAUCGUUCUGCACAAGUUCUCGAUCAUGACUGGCGUUGGUUGGCUGGGGCGGUGUUUGGUUGUUUUUGUAUGGUUUUAGCUCAUAAAAGUUUUGUGUCCUCUCAGAAGGGGCCAGAAAUGGUAGCUUUGAGGACAAUAAGCCGCCCCCUUCGAACAACAACGAAGACAAGAAGCGCUUGUUGUUCCGGGAGGGCCGCGAAGCAUGAAUCUUGACCCGUUGAGUCACGUGUUGAAGGCGUUUUCUGAGAAUUAACACGG